UCACUCCAUUCCUUGAUGUGACAAGACAAUCUCACACACAGCUUACUGUACUCAUUAAAGUGCACAUAAACAGUACACAGGGAAAAUACAUGUACACAUAGUUUAUUUUGACUCUGGACAGACAAAGUCUUGUGGAGAGGGAAUCAUGGAAAAUGUGUUUAUUCAACAAUCUUUACAUAGCAAAUUAAAAUACUGUCAUCAAAUGCAACAGAAAGGGAAGCAUGAUUUAAAAAUGCCCAAAUUUCGUCGGCACCAUUUGUCUUUGUCUGAUAUCAUUGAGGCUACCAUCGGAGACGAGAUCAGGAGUUCAGAGCAACCAGACAGUUCAGAUUCCUCUCAAUUCAACUUGGAUUUCCUGGAAAGCAUAUGUGAGUCACAGCAAGAGACCAUAAAUGAUGACCCAAAUUUCUUAGAUAAAUUUGACGACAGUAACCAACUGCUUGGUGAAAAUUGUGUACUGGGCUGUGACAUUCAAACUGGUGAAAAUUCAAAUAAUGCCUCUGAUAUGUUUCAAUAUGGGGUCGGUGUUAGUGAAACAUCAGAGAUGGGACCAACUGAGGAGCUGAGUUUCAGCAUAGCAACAAAGAUAGGAUUCCAUACUGAAAUUGACUUCCUUGUCAAGGAUGUGCAGCUGACAAAGACUGGGGAGUCCAGUGAAAGUAAAGAAUACAUAGAUGCGAGCGAAACUAACGGGUCCUUUGAUUCUGACCUUGAGGACUCCAUGCAUUUUGUCGACCCAGAAGAUCAAAACCAGCCUGAGCCAGAAUUUCCAUUAUACAAGCAAAACACUGAAGUACAAGAGCCAAUGGCCAAGAAACCAAGAAUAUGCAAUUCUGACCACAAUUCCUGUCCACCAAAGUUAUACGACUGCAAUCCAGAAUUUCUAGCUCUUGUUCAAGGUGACAUCAACUUACACAAUCCGAUUGAGCAAAAACAGGGGCAACCUACCAUUGCACAUCGUUCUAGAUCAUUCUCUGGGAAUAUUCGCCCGGGUCUCACUCGACAAAAAAGCCAACUGAAUCUCAACCAGAAAAAUAAAUUAGGACAAACAAGGUCAAGGUCAUUCUCAGAGUUCUGUCCCAGAGAGGAUGAAUUCUCUACCUUGAGUUCCCUGCUUGAAGGCCCAGAAAACGAUUUUUUAUCAAAGCAUCCAUUCUUCAAGGAUCUCAAGUCUACGCUCUUAUCGGACUGCCAGAACAAAAGUUGCCCACAGACACUGUUUGACACCUUGACAGGUAACGGCCCAAAACAAGAUGUGUAUGCCAGGGAGAGGAACAUGCAGGUAAAAUUUAGCUCACUGCAGCACAAAUACCCUGACGAAGUGAGUGAACUGUCAACAUUUUUCCACCAACAAUCAGCCGAAAUCCAGACAGAAAGAUUGAAAGAAGUCCACGAUGAGAAAACACCCAAAUCCUACCGUAACUAUCUGAACAAUUACUAUGAUAACCAGCUUCAUAUGAUCAUGGAUCGAGUUGAACAGAGCCUUGGUGUUCUGUCAGUUGCAAAGCGGGAAUUCGUAGUGGGGUGUAGGACCUUCAAGUCACGGCCACUGCUGUCUCGGAAAGCUGUGGCCAUGAUGGAAGAAUGGUACAUGCGUAACUAUGAGCAUCCGUAUCCUAGCAACACUGCAGUGGAGGCCCUAGCAACGGCUGGACAGAUAUCAGCAGAACAAGUCAAGAAAUGGUUUGCCAACAAACGUAACCGCAGUAAGAACACUAAACCUGUUGUGGAAGUUGCCAACAUGAAAAGAAAGCGUCAGUUUUCUGCAAGAUGGUAGAGGACAUUUAUUGUGAUGUUUGACUGUAAAUAUUAUGGAAAAGAAUGCAUAUUUUAAAAAGUUUUGACAUUCAAAUGUUAUUUUAGUGCUAUAUUCAUACAUAUUUUAUAUUACUUUUAUAAAUUUUAUGGUUUCUUGUAGUUGUUUUAAAAUUGUAAUAAAACAUGCUUUCUAUGUA